CUGCUGCCGCCAGCGAGCAGAUCGAGCACGCACGUCGAUCGGUCGAUCAUGGCGAAGGUGCACCGGCUCAUCAACGCCGUGCUCCGGCUCGCCGCGGCGGGGGCUGCGGCGGCGGCGGCGGUCGUCAUGGUGACCAGCCGCGAGACCACCAGCUUCUUCGGCAUCCAGAUGGAGGCCAAGUACUCCUACACACCGUCCUUCAUCUUCUUCGUGGUGGCGUACGCCGUGGCGGCCGCUUACAGCCUGCUCGUCCUGGCCGUGCCGGCCGGGAGUGCCCUCUCCAGAUUGGCUCUCACAAUAGAUGUGAUGCUGGGGAUGGUGCUCGCCGGAGCCGUCGCCGCCACCGGCGCCGUAUCGGACAUCGCGAAGAACGGCAACUCGCACGCCGGGUGGCUGCCGGUGUGCGGGCAGAUACACGCCUACUGCAACCACGUCAUGGCGGCGCUCAUCGCCGGCUUCGUCGCCCUGGUCCUCCACUUCGCCGUCGUCCUCUACUCCCUCCACAUCGUCACCGAUGUCAUCUGCCCCUUGCAUUAAUUACCUGCAUGCAUGCCUAUCAACAUAUAGAGCAGCAUUAUAAAUAUUCACCCAAAAUUUCCUUUUGUUUUCUCCGUUUUACUGUGCCUCGAUUUGUUAACUUUAUGAUUGACACGGUGAUUUGGGUGCGUUGUAAGUCUUUGUUCUUAAAAACACAAGAUUUGAAUGAAAAAAAAAAUGGUCUUAUAUGUGUUCGACAGGACGGUACAUUAUUUGCACUUCA